ACACUACAGAAAUUUGAUAAGAAUAUCAACCAACGUCUCCUUCGCCCUCGUUCUCUUUCGGUCUCAUACACUCUUCAUGUCAACCAACAUUACAAGAAUUUAAUACUGCGUACAAAUGCAAGGCCAAGCUCCCGAGUCUCAGUUUAGGCUUGAUCAGCGGGUCCACUCAUCCACCGAUUCCCGCCGUGUAGGAACUGUGAAGUACGUGGGGCCCGUGGAGGGCUAUUCGGGUACCUGGGUCGGGGUCGAUUGGGACAACGGCGAAGGCAAGAACGAUGGAUCAAUUAACGGGGUCCGAUACUUUCAGGCACGAUCCGAACGGUCUGCUUCCUUCGUCCGGACACAGAAUCUGAGUUCGGGCAUUUCUCUGCUUCAGGCACUCGACCUCAGAUACAAAGCGGAAUCCACUCAAGAAGAAGAGGAUGAAAUGUAUGUGCUUUCAGCCAGCAAUAAGCGUGUAUCUGUUCAGCUUCUUGGUAAAGAGAAGAUUCAAGACCAGCUAAGUCGAUUUGAAGAGUUGACAAAUGCUUCAUUAUUCUAUAUGGGUGUUAGCACUCAUGGAGAUCCAUGGGACAUCAGUAGCAUUUUGCCAAAUCUAAAGGAGCUUGACCUGACAGGAAAUCUGCUCUCUGAGUGGAAGGAUGUAGGCAUCAUAUGUGAACAGUUACCUGCCCUUGCAGCCCUUAACUUAUCUUACAAUCUAAUGUCACUCAAUAUCGGCGGGCUUCCACAUCUAAAAAGUAUCCGGAUUUUAGUUUUAAACAAUACUGGCAUACAUUGGGCACAGGUUGAAAUUCUUAAAAAUCUGUUGCCAGCUCUUGAGGAGCUGCAUCUUAUGGGAAAUGGCAUAGGCACAAUAGAGCUGAAUUCCCAAUCCACUGUUCAUGGAUUUGAUUCUUUGCGUCUUUUGAAUUUGGAAAAUAACUGUAUAGCUGAAUGGAAUGAAAUCUUAAAGCUUUCUCAGCUAAAAAGCUUGGAGCAGCUCCAUUUGAACAAAAAUAAUUUGAAACACAUCUGUUACCCUGGUAGUGAGGUGAUAUGUGAACUUCUUAGUGGCUCUGAAUACCAUGAAAGUACUCAUAGGCCAUUUCAUAAUUUACGUUCCCUUCUUGUUGGAGGCAACAACAUUGAGGACGUGGCCUCAAUUGACACUUUAAAUUCAUUCCCUAAAUUGGUGGAUAUCAGGCUUUCUGAAAAUCCAAUUGCUGACCCUGGGAGAGGUGGUCUUCCUAGAUUUGUUUUAGUUGCAAGACUGGCAAAAGUUGAAACGCUUAAUGGGAGCGAGGUAAGCCCUCGUGAAAGGAAGGAGUCUGAAAUCCGUUAUGUCCGUCUAGUAAUGUCAAACUUUCAUGACAAUCCAGAAGAGAUGAAAAAGCUCCAUCCAAGGUUUACUGAGCUUCAGAGUUUUCAUGGCAUUGAGGAUGAAAGACCGUCAAUUGGAACAGCUGGCCCACAGAAAAUGGCUUCAGGACUCCUAUCUGUUACUCUGAAAUGUGUGGGUGCAUCCAUCGGUGAGAAACCUCCGUUAACAAAAAAAUUGCCAGCCACUACCACGGUUGGCAAGCUUAAAAUUCUUUGUGAAAGCUUUUUCAAGCUGAAGUCCAUCAAGCCAAAAAUAUUUCUGCUGGAAAAGGGCAGCCCUCUACCAAUCUUGCUCGAUGAUGGAAUGGCAACUCUCCUGGACCUUGGAAUUGGGAAUGAGUCGACCAUUCUUGUAGAUGAAGAGAGUUGACAAAGAAAAUACAAACAAGAUUCCUUAAAGAGGUCUUGGCAACUGGCUGCAUGAUUUUCAGAAGUCUGGUAGGGCUUCUCUUCUAUACUGAAAAUCUGGUGGGGCAAUCAAAAUAUUUUGAACUCCGCUCCGGAGAAGGAAAACUUUGGCGGUGAAGAGUUUUGUUAUGAUUUUUAUGUUAAAGUGGACGUAAUUAGUGAUUUGGAUUUGUUACUUUGUUUGAUGGAUCUGUGGCAGCAUGUUUCUUUUUCCCCGAAGACAGUGCCUCCCAGAGAACCAUUUCGUCUGGUAUUUGCAGCCUCAUUUACAAAUCUCUGAAAAAAUAGUCCAUGACAUGAAGUUCCAUUGAAACCACGACACAAAGCAAUAGAAGAUUUGCAGCUUUUGGAA